UCCAGCCCGCCCCGCUUCCUCCCGCCUCUUUGCCGGCCACCCCGUGCACGGCGUGCCACCCCGAAGGACCAUGUCGCGGCUCAGCUGGGGAUACGGCGAACACAACGGUCCCAUUCACUGGAAUAAAUUUUUCCCUGUUGCCGAUGGUGAUCAACAAUCUCCCAUUGAGAUUAAAACCAAAGAAGUGAAAUACGACUCUUCCCUCGGACCUCUUAGUAUCAAGUAUGACCCCAGCUCAGCUAAAAUCAUCAGGAACAGUGGCCAUUCCUUCAGUGUUGACUUUGAUGACACACAGGACAAAUCAGUUCUAUGUGGGGGUCCUCUCACUGGAAGCUACAGGUUACGACAGUUCCACCUUCACUGGGGGUCAUCUGAUGACCACGGCUCUGAGCACAUGGUGGACGGAGUGAGGUAUGCUGCGGAGCUCCAUGUAGUGCACUGGAAUUCAGACAAAUACCCCGGCUUUGUAGAGGCAGCUCACGAGCCAGAUGGACUAGCUGUCUUGGGAAUAUUUUUACAGACUGGUGAACACAAUCCCCAGCUGCAAAAGAUUACUGACAUUUUGGAUUCUAUUAAAGAAAAGGGGAGACAAACCCGAUUCACAAAUUUUGACCCAUUAUCUCUGCUUCCCCCAUCCUGGGAAUACUGGACAUACCCUGGUUCUCUGACAGUUCCACCUCUUCUUGAGAGUGUCACAUGGAUUGUUUUAAAACAGCCUAUAAAUAUCAGCUCUCAGCAGCUGGCCAAAUUCCGCAGCCUCCUGUGUACAUCCGAGGGAGAAGCAGCAGCUUUUCUGCUGAGCAACCAUCGUCCACCUCAGCCUUUGAAGGGCCGCAAAGUGAGAGCCUCAUUCCAUUAAGGGCUGUCACCAAGGGAUUGCCCUGACUGAGAGCAAGGAGACAAACCACAGAACUCCCUGGGAGCAGUACUUCUCUGGAGUUCUCAUUAAUGGGCAUCAUUUUACAUCUCCUUCAGCACCAGGAAGAAAACCACAUCUCUUUAAUUAAACUAAACUCAUCUGCCCCACAUUUGCACUUGUAGAUACUCAAGCACCAAGUGUUGUAUUUUGUGUAUCAAAAUACAUGAAAAACAUCUGCUUCAAUCUUCAUGAAAAUAUGGCUGGCCUCACAGAUCAUAGAAUCUCCUAAAAAUUGUGCCUUACAAGAGGCUAUGUUAUAUUUCCAGUGAUGUUGGAUGAAAAUUUAAAAUUCAUUUCCAGAAUGAUAGAAUUGUGCUUUUUGCUAAACAAGCAAUUCUUAAUAUUUUGAUAUUGUUACUGUUCAUCAAAAGUAGAUAUUUCCGUACUGAGGACUGAACCCACAGCCUUUACACUGAGCUACAUCUUCAGUCUUUUUUUUUUAGUUUUUGUUUGAGCUGGUCUCAUUGUGUCACUAAGUUGCGCAGGCUGAGCUCAAACUUGGAAUCUUUCAGACUCUUAGAGUGCUGAAAUUAUAGACUUGGCUUCUGAUACUUUGAAUAACAUGUAUAAUAUGAGAAUUGGGGUUGGGAUGGGAUAUAGCUACUCGGUGUGUCUAUUCUACAGAUCAAAGAUAAUCUGUACAGUUUCGGUGAAGGAUUCCUCAGGAUAUGAAUAGCUAUUUGCAUGUAAUGAAUUGUACCAUGUCUCACAUUAUUCAGUAGUGUUAAUGAUGAACUGGCUGGUAAUUGACAAGAUGCAGUUUUUGCUAAUUGGUGGCAUUAAUGUGGUUUGAAACUAACAGAUUUAGACAGCAGAAGCAGGUAGAGCCACGCAUGAGCAUGAUGACAGGGUUGCCUACUUUUGCCUUAUGUUUUGACAUUUUUCUGUCAAUGAGUGAAGAAAAUAUAUACAGUGAGUCUCAUAUAAAUAUACAUCGACCCAUAAACUCUUCAACUCAUUUCUGUAGCAAAGCCCAUUCUCCCCUUUUAUACUCAUCCCUUUGUCUUGCAAGAACUUUCAUUACGAAGGUACUUGAUAUGAAUUUUAACCUAUUUCUUAUUUUUGUUUGCUUUUGGUGGAGGAUAGGACAGUGUUCCUUUAUCCUUUCUGUGACGGGGUGACACUGAA